GGGCAAGUAACUAAAAAUGAAUGGCUGCCGUUACAAUAGUAGCGACAAGGACGUAUUACAAUACGACAAAACAAUAACGAAUGUAUCUAAUAAGCAAGCGUGCGGAAGUGUUUUUGUGUUUGUUGUUUCAAAGAGUGAAUGGCGACAAGUGGUGACAGUUUCGAUCUAAUAGUCUAAUAGCGCAAAUCGUGGCAGGGCUGUGAAUCUUGAAGAGGUCGUCGGGAAUGGUGCAGUAUUCGUUCCAGCCGGUCAACGAGGAGUUGCGAGAUGAGCAAGGCCGUGUAUCAAAGAAGAACAGGACAGCAAGGUGAAUUCAACAGCGAAAAGGCAAUGCCUCGUUCCAGACGUGUCAACGACGAUGAUGGCGGAAUCGGUAGCCGGAAGGGAAGAAAAAAAGAGCUGCGGAAAGACUCGACUUUACAAACGCAAGCAAAGACGCAAGAAAGGGAGAAGGCGCAGCCAGCCAACAACAAGGGAAAUCGACGGACGGUUGAUGCUGCUGCUACGGCGUCUGCAAGGCAGGUGAAGGAGAAGGCGAAGGAAGGCAAAGGCAAACACGAAAAGAAGGAAAAAAGCCACCAAGCCACAGGUAGAGGGAAGACGGAGAGGCGAAAACGAGGAGGCGGAGGAGGAGAAGGACUAGAAACGGGUGCAAAGAUUCUCUGGGCUGCGACACACCAGCCCCUGGUCGCUCGUAGCAUGUACUCAAAUCCCAUCGUGCAUGUAUCUGUACCUGGAUCCCCGGGCCUGGCUGGCGCAGCGCUGGAGGCACAGGUACCCGGCCGGCUCACUCGCAGAUUGGGACGGACGAACGAGCCUCCCCCCUGCCUGGGCCCUCAGCACCUUCCCUGCGUGCUACCCAGACGGAACCCGCUUCGAGACACGAGGAUGGGCAGGAGGCGCUGUGGACGGUGCGAACCGGGGGAGGCGCAUCGCACCUGCGUCUGCGUGUGGUUGUGUUUUGGGCAGUCUGUGCCUGUGCUGGUGCAGGGAUCAUCCUCGCGUCGUCCAAUCAGGGGCCGCAGACGGCGUUCCAGUUGCGCAGCGCCGGGUAGCCCCAGGUUUCAGCGGACGUCAUGGUACCUGAACCUCCGCUGUGCGAGGCAUUAA